AUGAACCCUCCAGCAAGACAAUGCCUCCGCUCAUCGAGCCAAAGGGACUCAAGAGUGGUAUCGCGCCAAUUUUCCGAGUUCAUCUCGGCUGCUGAUUGGCCUGCUUCCUUGCCUGACCUCAACCCGAUGGACUAUGCCGUGUGGAUAUAUCUGACCGAGAAGGUCUCUUCUAAGAACUACCCAAGUAUCAAAGCUCUGAAGACCGCGCUCAUCAAGAAAUGGGACGAAAUCGACGACGACUACCCUCGUGCCGUGAUCGAUGCGUAUCCGAAGAGACUGAAGGCCGUUAUCAAAGCUAAAGGAGGACGUUUUGAAAACUAUUCUUGA